AUGUCUUUCUACUCUCAGUCUUGCUCCAUCCCAUGUAGCAGGCCUACCCAUGGUAUUGGACAAUGUGGCAUCGGCGGUGGCUUCGGCGGUGGAAUCAGCGGAGGCAUCGGUAGCAUUGGCGGUGGCAUCGGCGGCGGCUUCGGCGGCGGCAGCGGCGGCGGCAGCGGCGGUGGCAUUGUCAGUUAUGGCGGUGGUGGUGCCGUGUCAUCCAGCAGCCUUGGCAUCGUCCCUGGUGUCCCACAAUCCUGUAUCAGCCAGGUCCCACCGUCCGAAGUGGUGGUCCAGCCAGCUCCAGUUAUAUUGACCAUACCAGGAGCCAUCCUGUCUGCCAGCUGCGAGCCGUUGGCUGUUGGCGGCUAUUCCCCGUGUGCUAGUGGCUAUGGGUAUGGAGGUGGCUAUGGGUAUGGAGGCUACGGAGGCUCUGGCUAUGGUUCUUCCCGCUACGGACUGGGGGGCUCUGUAGGUGGGUACCUGGGCAAAUCCUGCUAUGGGUCAAAGCGCAGGCAAAGCAUCUGCGGGUAUCCCUGCUAAGCUCAAGUAGAUUAUCCCUCGGGAUCUGGGGCAACCUGGGAAUCUGACAACCGUGACUGAAAUCGGCAACUGAAUUUAAGGACCUGAGCUUUCACAAGUGCUGAGCUGCUGCAGUUUCAAGCAGAAGCCGUGAGUUGCUCCGUGCCUCUGAAACCUGUACCAUGACAUUCACACAUUGCACU